AUGACUUCAUACGGCGGCUUCACAAAAACCUCGUACGGCGCAGGCGGCGGUGACGACGCAGGCGGCUUUGUCUACGGCGGCUCCCAAGGCGGCGCAGGUGGCUCCCAAGGCGCCGGCGGCGGAAAAGCCUACAGCGAAGAAUCCCUCCGCCCCGUCACAAUCAAGCAGGUCAUUGACGCCGAAGAGGCCUACCCGGGCGCCGACUUCAAAAUCGACGGCGCCACCGUCACCCAGGUCACCUUCGUCGCCCAGAUCCGCCAAAUCUCGCCCCAGCCCACAAACAUCACCCUCAAGCUCGACGACGGCACGGGGCUCAUUGAAGUGAAAAAAUGGGUCGACACGGAUAAAAAGGACGACGCCGACGAGAAGCUCGAGCUCGAGGGCCACGUCCGCGUCUGGGGCCGCCUGAAGUCGUUCAACGGCAAACGCCACGUCGGCGCGCACUUUAUCCGCCCCGUCACCGACUUCAACGAGGUCAACUACCACCUCCUCGAGGCCACCUACGUCCACCUCUACUUCACAAAGGGGCCCCUCAACGCCGACGGCAGCGGUCCCGCGGCGAACGGCGGUGCAGGCGGAGGAGGAGGCGAGGACGGCAUGUUCGUCGACGGCGGGGAUGGGUACGGCGCCGGUAGUGGUGCAGCGGCGGGCGGCGGCAACCCCGCGCAGGCUUCCAAGCUCAGGGGCGUCUCGGCGAACGCACAAAAGAUGUUCAACUUUAUCAACAAUGCCCCCGGCGGCAACGAGGGCGUGCACCUGAAUCAGAUUUCGAGCGGUGCGGGCUUGGCUAUGCGGGCCACGAUAGAUGCGGCGGACGAGCUGCUCUCCCAGGGUCUGAUUUACACCACCAUUGACGACGAGACUUGGGCUAUCCUCGACUACUAG